AUGAAUGAAAGUGAUCUUCGCAGUGAUGUGCACUACUUCGGCAGUAGUGAAUUCCCAUUGCCCCAAAAACACUAUUAUCAAGAUGAUUCCUCAACUGACGGUGUGUACUGGGUUCACCCUGAUGAAGAAGAACCAUUUCAAGUGCUGUGUGACAUGAAAACUGAUGUUGGAGGAUGGACCACCUUUCAAAGGCGCAUGGAUGGCUCUGUAGGCUUUUAUGUCGACUGGGAUUCAUACAAAAAGGCUUUUUAUUGUCCUAGGAACUGUCUUGACCAUUAUCAAAAUGGCUCCACUUCCGACGGAGUGUAUUUGAUUUACCCUGAUGAAGAACAACCCUUCCAAGUACUGUGUGACAUGACAACUAAUGGUGGAGGAUGGACCACCUUUCAAAGACGCAUGGAUGGCUCUGUAGACUUUUUAUGUCGACUGGGAAUCUUACAAAAAAGGCUUUGGAAAUCUGGAGGAAAUAUGAAGUUUACAACCAAGGACAGAGACAACGACGUUGAUAACAGUAAGAAUUGUGCCUUGCACUAUAAAGGCGCCUGGUGGUACAGCUAUUGCCAUAACGCAAAUCCAAAUGGUUUGUACCAAGGUGGAGGCAACGCACAAGGAAUUACAUGGGAACCAUUUCGGGGACAAGAUUAUUCGUUAAAGCACAUCGAGAUCAAACUUCGACCAGCAUGA